AUGAAUUCUUGGGACAAUCAAAUCCAUCAAUACGCUAUGCAGAAUGCAAUAGCAAUGAAUUCAAUGAUGGCACCUCCAGUCAUGCCGUCUAACAUAAUGGUCCAAGAAAAUGCAAUGAACGUAGCACCUAUGAAACCGCCACCUGUCCCUCCGUUAAUUGGUCCUGUGCUGCCGGAGGGAAUGUUGAACGAUAAUAAUGUAGAAGGUUCUAACGCGCCAGCCGUGGAUUCAGAAGUUCAAAGUGCGGAAGCUGAAAGCAGUACUCACAGUCAGCGACGACAUUCUCGUGAUCGAGGUCGCAGAGGAAGCAGCAGAGAUAAGAGGGAUCGAGAAAAAGACAGGAGACAUCGUUCAAGAUCUCGUGAUCGUAAUGACAGACAUGACAGAGGUGACAGAAAUGACAGAAAUCGACAUAAUCGUCGGGAUAGAUCUUCAAAAUGGGAAAGUGAUAGAGAUCGACCUGGACUUUCACAAGGAGCAGCUACGCCAAUGAUACCAGUUGGAAAUAUGAUGAUCCCAGGAAACAUGAUGUCUUUUAACAAUAUGAUGCCAAAUACCAUGAUGGGUCAACAGCAAAUGGAUAUGCAAGCUCAAAGUAUGAUGCCUGGCAUGAAUAUGAUGCCCAGUAUGAUGUCAAACAUUGUGGAUCCCAAUAUGAUGAUGAUGAACCAGCAAAUGAUGUCAUUAAUGCCUAACCAACAGAUAUACCUUAAUUGUGGUGUAUUGCUUCCACCACUACCUGGGAGCUCGACACCUAACCGGCGUGAGCGUCCAAAAGGUUGUCGCACAGUUGUUGUUGGUGGUCUUCCAUAUGGUGUGACGUCUGAAAUUGUGGUGGAGAUAUUCCAACGGUUUGGAGAUAUAACUGAAGUGAAAUCGCCUAGAUAUGGAAUUUACCAUAUUCGGUUUUCCUCAGAGGAGAUAGUAGAACAGGCAUUCUCUUUAACUGGUUAUCGGUUUAAGUUCCACGACCAGUUGGAUAAUGAGGCAACAACUAUUUUUAUUGAUUAUGCUGUGAACAGGGAAGAUGAAAAUGAAUACGAGAAAAACAAGCGUAAUCGCGGCUUCACGCCACCUCGCGCGGAACCCUUUACCGCAAACGCUCUGGCUACCAUCACCGAAAAGAUCAAAAGUGAAGAAGAGUUUGCCAAUUCUGCUCCAACCCUGGCAGUUUGGUUGGAACGAGGCGAAUGCAAUAAAAAGAAUGCAAACGUUUUCUAUUCGCUAAUACAAGCGAGCAACAAUCAACUCCGACGGCUGUUCAAUGAAAAGAUGCAGUUGGAUGAAGAGUUUCAAAAUCUGAAGUCCAGUAUGAGGGAGAAAUUCGCCCGUGUCGUAAUGCAAUUUGAGCAGGUAGCGAAAAUUCUGUCGGCGGCGAAACAUCAGCGUGUCUCCGACCAUUUCACCAAGCAGCAGCGCCGCAACAUUGAAAUGUGGCUGAAAAUGACUGAGGAGGUGGAAAACAUAAAGGAGGAGUUCAAUCAUAUUUUCGAAGAUGAUGAUAUCGAUAAACCAUCACCAAACAAGGCUAUGGUUUCUCAAGAAAAGUAUGAUGAAUUGAAGACCGAGAACGAAAAUCUCAUGUACGAAUUAGAGGGUUACAAAAAUGAAGCAUACUUGGCUAAAGAUGAAGCAGAGAGGAAAUUUGAGAAAUUUAAGGCUCAUUUCAUAGCCCAACAGGCAUUGCAAAAUAAACAGGUGUACCCACCACUACCAUCAACUACAAGCUACCUAACAGAGAAAGCUUCAUCACCUUCGAUAAAACCGAAGCCGUUACCACCGCCUCCAACUCCAGAUGACGACAAGGUCAUCACAUCAGGUCCCUCUGUUCCACCAUCUGAAGCGAAACUCAUCAGUAUUUUGACUGCAUUCCUAAUGGUACAUCCACUUGGUGCUUCCUUGGACUAUCUAGUGUCGUAUGUAAGGUCUAUGACUCCAAACGUAACACAAGCCACAGUAUCUCAAAUGUUGCAGAAGUACACAGACGUAUUUCAUUGCAAGACUUCUGGAGUUGGUGCUAGCAUUGAGCACAGAUGGACGUUCAUUACAUUUGACCUUAUUAAAAGUGAAGCUUGA